AGUCCAAAUGUCAGUUUGCGAGUUUGACGUUUGUAGAGUGUUUUUUCGCACAAGAAAUUUCAUAAAUAAACCAACAUAAUGUAAAGAAAUAUCAAAAUUAUAAUUUGGACGUAAAGCCCGUCGAUUUUUUAGACUCUAGUGAAGUUCACUCCUCGUGCGUGACCUCAGCCCGAAUCCGAUCGAUUCAUUUGAAGUCGUUUGUGGGAAUCCGUCGAGUGUGGACGCCGUGCGUGAGUGCGUGAAAAUUAUUUUUUUGUUGCAUGUGCGUGAUGAAUCAGUGAUUGGAGGAUCAUCGAUCUUGGAUCUAGCUUGCCUGGACCGGAAAUGUAUUUCGAACAUUUGAAGACUUAGCUUCGACAUGGACCACCACAACCAACCUCCUCCUCCACGGGGAGGUCCCCAAGUCACCGCCAAAGACGUCGCUCAAGCCAACGAAUACUUUGACCACUUUCUCAACGCGACAAGUUUGAGGAACAUUCUCGGUUACUAUCGCAGCAUUUGCGACCUUCUCAACCUCAAACCGAACCUUUUUCCUCUAUUUUACCCGAAAUUGAGGGGCUAUUUGAAGCAUUGGAGGGCGAAUGCUUUGUGGAAGAAAUUCGAUGCGAGGGCGGCACAUAAAUGUUACGGAAAAGGGAAGUUGUGUUCAAAUAGCAGGGUUUUGAUUAUUGGGGCCGGUCCUUGUGGGUUACGAACAGCUAUCGAAGCGCAAUUAUUGGGUGCAAAAGUGGUGGUUAUAGAAAAAAGGGAUCGUUUAUCACGAAAUAAUGUUCUUCACUUGUGGCCUUUCGUAAUUGAGGAUUUGAGAGCGUUGGGUGCUAAAAAAUUCUUCGGGAAGUUUUGUGCAGGUGCCAUUGAUCAUAUUAGUAUUAGGCAGUUGCAGUGUAUACUCUUGAAGGUGGUGUUGUUACUGGGUGUUGAAGUUCACACCGAAGUGAGUUUCGAGAGGUUGGUGGAGCCGGAUCCAGUGUCAAAAACGGGAUGGAAGGCCGAAUUCACCCCCUCCGACCACCCAGUGUCCCAAUACGAAUUCGACGUGGUGAUCGGCGCCGACGGCAAACGCAAUACCCUUCAAGGCUUCAAACGCAAGGAAUUUCGCGGCAAACUGGCCAUUGCCAUAACGGCCAACUUCAUCAACAAACGCACCGAAGCCGAAGCUCGCGUUGAAGAAAUCAGCGGUGUGGCCUUCAUUUUUAACCAGAAAUUCUUCAAGGAUUUAUAUGAAGCCACUGGAAUUGAUCUCGAAAAUAUCGUUUACUAUAAAGACGAUACGCAUUAUUUUGUCAUGACGGCUAAGAAAUCUAGUCUUAUCGAUAAGGGUGUCAUCAAGCAGGAUUUGAUGGACACGGAACGUUUGCUUGCUACGGAAAAUGUCAACAGGGAGGCGCUGAUGGACUAUGCACAAGAAGCUGCUAACUUCAGUACGAAUUAUCAAAUGCCGGAUUUGGAAUUCGCGGUUAAUCAUUACGGGCAGCCGGAUGUCGCCAUGUUUGAUUUUACAUCUAUGUAUGCAGCCGAAAAUGCCUCUAAAGUCGUCGAGAGGAAUGGGUUUAGGCUGCUUAUGAUCCUAGUAGGCGAUAGCUUGCUCGAGCCUUUCUGGCCUACCGGUUCGGGCUGCGCCCGCGGCUUUCUCUCCUCCCUCGACGCCGCUUGGGCCAUCCGAAGUUGGUGUUCGGGCACGAUGACCCCUCUCGACGUGCUCGCCGAACGUGAAUCAAUCUACCGCCUCCUCGCUCAAACCACUCCCGACAACCUCAACAAAGAAUGGAAGUCGUACACUCUGGACCCGGCCACCAGGUACCCCAACUUGAACAAGAACGUGGUGUUGCCACUGCAGACGACUCCACUCUUCGACAGCGACGAUGCAAAGAGUUUGGAGAAGAUGAGGAAGAACUCGUUAGAGGUGGCCACACCGAUCGAAAUGCCCAAAAAGAGGAGAAGAGGCAAUGUCGACAACGAAGUUUUGCUCAAUUGGGUGGCGGAACAAGUGCGCGAACACGACGAUGUUGUCGUGGGGGAUUUCGGAUCGUUGUUCAAGGAUGGGAGAGUGUUGUGUGCGAUUUUAAAUCAUUACAGGCCGGAUUUAGUCGAUUUUGAGGGGGUGAAGAGCGAGGGGGCGGCAAAGUUGAAUCAGUUGGCAAUUGAUAUCUUGGAAAGGGAAAUAGAAUUUUCGUGUGGUAAGAAGAUGAGCGAUUCGGAGGAGAACAGCGUCGCGGCGGCGACGCCGACGCCCGACCACGUCUUCAAUCGCGUCUCGAAUUGGAUCAGCACUCACGAUUUCAAGCCGCAAAACUACGAGGAUCAAGUCGAAACCAACCUGGUGGACGGCAUCACCGACAUCACGUCGGUUACGAAGAACAUCGAGAGGACGCGGAGGACGGCGCCGAGUGACGACGGCCUGGUGGUGGAGGAGCGUACGGAUGUGGUCAAGUGCGGCGAUACCACCAAUGAACUUGUCGAUAAAGACGAACACUUUAUCAAAAAUCUGACCAAGUUUUCGCAAUAUUCGCCGUUUGAUAAGAAGAAGAGGAAUCGGACGGCGAGUCCUAGCCACUUUUCCGUCAUCGUCGAAGGAGAAGAAUUAGAACUACCCGAGCCGAAAAAAAGCGAUACUUCUUUCAAGUCGGUGAAACAACAUCAAAUACAGCCUCCAGUGGCAUACCAGCCCCCUGUUUCUCGACCCUCGAGUCGUCAUAAAAGACACGCCGAACCGAUUUCGCUCAAUAGACAGAGUCUUGAGAGGAAAACUAGGAAGAGAAGGACUAUGGAGAAGAUCGGUGCUAGUGUUGAGGAAAGACAGAAAAUUUUGGAAGAAAUCGUCGCGAAUCGAAACGAAAGACACAAUAAAAGAAGGCAACAAAGAAGGUUGCAAACUGAACAGUUUUUAAAGAGUAUGCAGAUGUUGCAAGCGAAUGCAAAACCCGAUUCGCAACCGUUUGAAGAUUAUUCGCUGUUUGUUUAUAGACAGACGGCGCCGAAUUUUGAAGAUAGGGUCAAAGAUUUAGAGAAAAAGUUUACUUAUGUUCCCGACCACGAAAACAAAUUACCGAACCAGACUCGCGGCAACACCGACGAGGACUUCGCGGCUAGAAUCAAAAGUCUAGAAGACAAAUGGCGGGAGCCACAACCUGCCGAAAAGAAACCAAAAGAUCUCUUACGUGCAAUAGGAAAAAUCGAAACUUCCGACUGGAACAUCAAAGAAAUCGAAAAGAAAAUCCGAGAGAACAAACUGGGAAAACCCGCCAACAAAGACAAAGAAAAAGUACCAAAAUGGAGCAAAGAACAAUUCAAAGCGCGCCAAACUAAAAUGGAAAAACAGCACUUGGAGCGACAAGACAGUGCUGAAGCGAAAUUCGCCGACAUCGACAAAAACAUCAAACAUUUGGAGUUGAAAUUGAAAGAGGGCACUGCUAGGGACUUGGGACAGAACAAAGUGGCCUCAAUCACCGAGAAAUUCGCCAGCAAGCCUCCGGAAAGCGCCGAGUCCAAAUCCCUCCAAAAAAGCCAAUCACGUCCUGUGAUUCUCCCCUCGCAAAACGCCUCAGAAUUCUGCCAUUUCUGCAACAAACGCGUCUAUCUCAUGGAGCGGCUUUCGGCCGAAGGCCGAUUUUUCCACCACGGAUGCUUCAAAUGUCAAUAUUGCCACACUCAGCUCCGGCUUGGGUCCUAUGCGUUCGACAGAGACGGCAUCUACGACCACAAGUUCUUCUGUAUUCACCAUUAUGGCAUGCAGGGCGAAUUGAGGGUCACGAAAGUGGUGCGUAAGCCGUCGCAGAGACAGCUCGGGAAGAGUCCUGAGAAGAAACCGCUGAGUGGAAUCGCCGGAGUUGAUUUGUUGGAUAGAGUGAGGACGCCUGAGAGGGUCGAGUUUGCCAAUUUGAGUGGGGCUGCGUCCGAUCAUGAGGAGUCGCUGAGUCAGAUGGACGAGGACGAGUGGACCGAUAAGAAUUUUGGGGCCUCGGCGGCCGAGUUGGGGAGCAGUGAUGACGAGUCGUCGAGUCUAAGUGGUACCGACAGUGACGACGAGGACGCCUACGAAGAGGCAUUGGAGGAACCAGCGACUAAAGAAGGUACCUUAAAGUGGGCCGAACGCUGGCACAGGAGGUACUCUAAGAAGAGGAACGACUCGGAUUCCGACGACUACAGCAGUUCGGACCGUUCCAGUUACUAUGAAAAUAGUAGCGAUGACGACGAGUCCGACACGGCCACUGAGGGCGAGGAGGAGAUCCGUGCCCGCGAGCUGCGCAAGCAGGAGGUCCGUGUGGAGCCCCCUGUGGUCCAGACCGACACUGGCACCGAUACUGAGGUGGUUUCGGAUGAGUCAACCUCGGACUCCUCCAGCGAGAUUCGCAAUUCAGCGACUGAAAUCUCCACCGAUUCGGAAUUCGCCCACGACGACCCGACUCCCACCCGCGAGGCCCCCUUUAUGCCUUUCAAUGACGUUCACGUGACCAAAACCCGCGGUAGCCACCAUCGAACCCCCCGAAAAAUCCAGGUGACGAGCAGUUACUUACAGCGCCCUAUCGACAAGGGCAAAGCACUAAACAAUAUCGUCACACCACCUAAAAACGACAUUGAACUCAAGCUCACACCUCUAGUGCCUUCUGCACCGUCUAUUGUGCGUAAAACAGCACCGGUUAGAACCGACGGUUACGCAUUGAAUCGCACACAAAGCACUGGUGGAAUUGCGGCUAAAGUCUCACUCGAACUCAAAAAGAAGUAUCUAUUGGGUGAGAGUCACGCCCCGGGGGCUAUACAAAAGUCGGGCAGUGCUUCGACUCUUGACACUAAACUCAAAUCGUUCCAUAGCAAUAUAACCGAUUGUCAAAAAAUGUUAAAACCGGUUAUAACCGCUCAAAAACCACCACCGAUUUCGAUUAAACCGGAAGUUUAUGAAAACGAACCAGAAGGUCGUCCCCGAAGUCCAGUCCAUGAGACUUCCAUCAUAGUUCCUACAAUCGACUGGUCGAAAACUAAACCGACCAAUCACAGCGAAGAUAGUCUCUCGACCGAUUCCGAACCGAAAACACCCGAAUUCAACUUUGACUCAAUCCCGACUGUUCGAAUCGACGAAAUUCCACCCGAUUCUCUAUGUAUUGAAGCCGAGGUUGGGAUGGUGGUGGAACCCCCGAAAACCACAAAAACGCUCAAUCAACCCAAACUUUUACCCGAACUUGAAACAAAAGACGUACUACCGGAAAUACACGACGUGCUUCAUGUAAAGCGAAAACUCUCGAUUGAAACUGAAAGCAAAUCGUGCGAUUCUGAAGUCGAAGCUGAAGUCACGGCUGCCUUGACCGAAACCGAACUGUCCGAUUGGGCGCGAGAUGGCGCCGUUUCCGAUGAUUUAGGCGAUGAUUUUGACCUUGAAACUUCUCGUAGUAACAAAAAACCGAAAAUGAUCGAUAACAAGGCGAAAAUUACUGAAUUGGAAGACUUGGACCACGUGUGCGGGAAGGAAACAACUGAAGCUUUGAAUAGUGUCCUUUGCAGGAAUCUAGAUAUCGAGUUUAUGGACACAGGGACUGAAACUAGUAGUGAUGAUGGGGUUGUUGAUAGUCAAGACGGCUAUGUUUUGUUCAAGGAUGAAGAAGAUUUGGCCGAGGAUAGUCUAAAUCCGGUGAUUGAAGCCCGAAAUGAAGUUUUAAAAAAUACAGGUUACUGUAUUAUCGACUCUGAAUCGAAUUUUGGUAGUGCGGUGACUGAUUUAAAAGCCGAUGAUUUGGAACAAUUGAAAGCCAAACAAACAAAUGAACAUGACGAGGAUAGUUUAUUGAUAGUGGAAGGUACAACAACUGAAGAAAACACUUGUAGUGACUCAACUGUCAAAAAUUUGACUGAAAUCGCCGUCGAUAAAGACCCGAUUGAGAAUAACAAUUUUCAAAGGAAACGACUUGAGGAUAAAUUAGCUAAACUCAAGGCCGAACAAGCUUCCCGAGUGGAAUUCGACGAACACUGUCGCCGAUUACAAACCAAAUUCGAGUUUAGCCACGUCAAGGAUUCAAUAGAUGUUCGAAAAUCUCGUCGAAAGAGCAAAGACUCGCCCCAAAAACCGGAUUUGAUUCAAGAGGAGAAAGCCACGCCUCCGGAAAGUCCGGUGACUCCGGUCGUUCGCACUCCUGACGUCAUCUACAAGAAGGAGUUCAUCGAAAAAGAACGAGAUGUUAACCAAAAACUCGUCCAAGAAAUGGUAAUGAACAAAAUGAAGGCGGAGAAUAAGAGUCUAGAAAGGCGGCGACGGAAAAGUCGCCAAUUUGAAUUAUCCAAGUCGGCGACGACCGAUAUUGUAUCUGAAAUCAACCACAACUUAACCGAUUCGAACCGAACCGCUACGCCUGAUGUGCUUUUGUCAACAUUACGACCGGUUAGCGUCCACGUGACUGAGUUUCAAACACCGGUGGCGCCGCCUAGGUUGAAACAUGAGAAGUUAAAGGAAGAUGCGAGAGUAAGGGCAAGAUUGUUGUCCAAUGAGGAGUUGGGAUUGAGUCCGGAGGAUAAGUUGGUGAAGUUGAGGGAGAAGUUGGGGGAGGGGUCGUUGAAAAGGUCAAAGAGUCGGGAGGAGACGAAAGUGGAGCGUGAGUCGCCGAUGAAAGUGUGCAAAUCUGACCCUAAUUUAUUGGAUACGGACGAGAAGAAAGGGAAAAAGAAGAAAGAUAGGGAGAGGAGGAAGAGUUUUACUAAGAUUUUUACGACUUUCUUUACGAAGAAGAGUCCAACGGGACUUUUAGCGAAGAUUUCGCCGAAAGCGAGAGACGUUUCAAAGUCGUGUGCGAAUUUGGACCUGAGAGAUGCUGAGGUGGUGAUUGAGGAGCCGAUUCGGAGGAAUAGUUUCUCGGGACAUCGGGACAGCGGAACGCCCCCUCCAGUGCCACCACUACCACUCCAUUACACAGGGAAUUCGAUCAAAGACGACGACAGUUCGGACGGGGACCGCCACGACCGGAGCUCCUGCGACACUCUCGAUAAAUCCGGGACCCUCGACUCGGUCUCCAGCAACAACCGUCAGAACAAAGGUGCGCGAAGAGCGGCCCGUCAAGCUCAACUGAAACGACAUCGCAUGGCGCAAGAAAUCCAACGCAAACUCGAAGAGACUGAAGUGAAAACGCGCGAGUUGGAGGAAAGAGGCGUUUUGGUGGAGAAGGCGCUUCGAGGAGAGGUCGAUGGACGGUGUCCGAAGGAAGAAUCAGAACUGUUGCAGGAAUGGUUCGAUUUGAUGAGAGAUAGAACCGAAUUGCGGAGAUAUGAAAGGGAGUUGAUGGUGAGGGCGCAGGAGUUGGAGUUGGAGGAUCGGCAUGCGAGACUGCAGCAUGAGUUGAGGGAACGACUGGAAAAUGACGAACAAAAGACGGAGCACGACGUCGAGAUCGAGAGCAGCAUAAUAAAAGAGAUGAUGGACAUCGUGGCGAAGAGAGACUCUCUGAUUGCCCUAUUGGAAGAGGACAGAUUAAGGUAUUCUAAUGAAGAUCGCGAUUUUGAAGAGCAGAUGCUAGCCAAGGGUUUGAGAUUAACUCCGAUUAGGAAAACUCCCGAAAAGUAAUCGCUUUGGUAUUAACAUCACGUUUUUGGUAGGAUAGGCAGGGUAAACGCGUUUUUCUUGUGUUCUUUCGAUUUAUUUUGACUACUUUUUUACACAUUAAUUUUUGUUUAUUUCAAUUAACGUCCAUUUCUGCUAAAUCACGUUAACUAGUCUUUUGUUAUAAUUUAGGAUUUUAAGUGAAUUAAUAUUUAAAAACAUGAAUUGUGAUUGUGAAUUGUAUUUUGUAAUAAGGAAUUGUAAAGUACUGUACAAAGGGAUAUUAUUUUGUGAAUGCAUUAUAAGUGUUGUCUUUGUGUGAAUAAAUGCUUUUAUACAUCA